AUGACUGAUGUAAUUAAUACUAAAGACACUCUAGACAAGAAUCUAGAAGAUUAUGAAAUACAAGAAGUUUUGAAGAAUGGCACCGAUUUACGUGAAUACGCAUUGCAAAUCGACAAAGGCAUUAAAGAAGCGGAAAAAAAUUCUGUUGCUGACUAUAUAAGAGAAAGCGAAAAUAUUGCCUCCUUGCAUAAUCAGAUCGAGGAAUGUGAUAGUAUUCUAGCUCGUAUGGAAAGUAUGCUUUUAGUAUUCCAGAAUGAUUUAGGAAGCAUUAGCAAUGAAAUCAUCAGUUUACAAAAGAGGUCUGUAAACAUGUCCGUGCAACUUUCCAAUAGACAGGCUCUUAAGGGACCACUUUCUUCUUUUAUAGAAGAUAUGGCCAUAUCUGAAACACUCAUUUUUGGUAUCAAUAAUGUUCCAGUCACCGACAAAGAAUUUAUGGUCCAGUUAGCAAUGUUGAAUCAAAAACUAAAUUUUGUUAAGGAACAAGAAUUUAAAGAAACUAAAGCCUGUCAUGAUGUCAAGGAUGUAUUAGAAAAGCUUAAAAUAAAGGCUGUAUCAAAAAUAAGAACAUAUAUUCUGGAACAAAUAUAUAAAUUUCGUAAACCAAUGGCUAACUAUCAAAUCCCACAGAAUGCAAUGCUUAAAUAUAAGUUUUUCUUCGAAUUCGUACUAACUAAUGAACGAAAUGUAGCACAAGAAAUUUGCAAUGAAUACAUUGACACACUUAGUAAAGUCUAUUACUCUUAUUUUAAAUCCUAUGCAUCUAGAUUAGAUAAAUUAAAAUAUGAAGAAGUGCCAACUAAAGAUGAUCUCAUGGGAAUCGAGGAUGGUUCUAAAGGAGGAUUUUUCCAGAAAUCUAAUUUAAAAAACAAAAGCACAAUAUUUACAAUUGGAAACCGUGGUGAUGUUCUAGCCCAGCAACUGGAAGCUCCAAUCAUUGUCCCUCAUGUACAACAAAAGACUAAGUAUUCGUAUGAAGCUUUAUUCAGAAGCCUACAGUAUGCCCUGGUGGAUAAUAGUUGCAGAGAAUAUUUAUUUACUACAGAAUUUUUUCAUGUUAAAGCUAGUCAUGCCCAGGAACUCUUUGAUCGGAUCUUAGGGAAAACUUUAUCACUGCUUGUGAAAAAUGUUGAAAACUAUGUUUUAGAAUGUUAUGACUGCCUUGCACUCUUUCUGUGCAUUCAGUUAAUCAACAGGUAUAAGUGGAUGUGUCACAAAAGAGCUGUACCUGCCUUGGACAGCUAUUGGGAUUCAUUACUAAGUGCACUGGGGCCCAGAUUAGAAUAUGUUCUUAAAUUAAAUAUACAAAGUGUGCGAGAGUGUAACCCUGCCAAGCUAUCCAAUAAAGAACUUGGACCUCAUUAUAUAACGCGGAGAUAUGCAGAAUUUUCAGCUGCAAUGUUGAGCUUGAGUGAACAAUUUCCCUCUGAAGAACUUAACAAUCUUUUAUUAAUAUUGCAAGAUGAAGUACAUUGUUUCUUAUUGAAAAUGGCUGCCGAAUUCCCUCAAAGAAUUCAACAAUUAAUAUUUUUAAUUAAUAAUUAUGAUAUGGUAUUAAGUAUUCUCAUGGAAAGAACCAGAGACAAUACAAAGGAAGCUGAAAGUUUCAGAGAACAAUUACAAGCAAGAAGUACAGAAUAUGUCGAAGAAAUACUUAGUCCACAUUUUGGAGGUUUAAUGCAAUUUGUAAAAGAAGGCGAACAAUUGCUAGAGAGUGGCAAAACAAACGAACUAGCAAAUUUGGAAAAGAAAUCAAUGUCCUUAGUUGCAUCAUUCACAGCCGGUUGGAAACAAAGCCUCGAAGAAAUUCACAGGGAAGUUCUCGUGUCAUUUCCGAACCUGGUGACAGGAUCUGGCUUAUUACAAAUGGCUCUCACCAAUUUUGUACAAUACUAUCAUAAAUUUGCUAAAUUAUUAACACCCAGUGCUCGCACGCAGUUGGUCAAUAUUCAUGUAAUAAUGGUUGAAAUAAAAAAAUAUAAGACCAAUUAUUGA